AUGCCAAAGACGAUAACAUUCAAGCACAACAUGCCAUGCCAAGCAGGGAACCAUUAUUUCAGACGUAGCCACGCUACAAGAUUAAGUGGGCCUAAGCCACGCAAAUGCCCGAGGCUUGCUGAGUGGGUUGGGCUACUUGGGAGCCCCGAAACUCAAGCCCAUUUCUUGAGCCCAAAUAUGUGGGUAAGCAUAAAAGAGAGAAAAAAGGAGCCAAAUACCCUAGAAAAUUAG